AUGGACGCGGAGAAAGGAUACAGUAGUCAGCAUCGCAAAGAGCUCCAUCUGAAAGGACUGCCGCUUCUCGCUCUCGCCUGGCAGACUUUGGGCAUUAUAUACGCAGAUAUUGGCACGUCGCCCCUGUACGUGCUCAACGGUAUUUGGCCUAGCAGUGGAGAUGUACCCUCGGAAGAAGACGUGAUCGGCGGUGUUUCCGCUAUCAUUUGGUCUUUGACCCUGCUACCACUACUGAAAUAUGUUGUCUUUUCUCUGCAGUUCGGCACUGAAGAGGGAGAGGGCGGCCCAUUUGCCCUGUUUAAUGGUCUUUUCCCGAAGAAGCAGUACGACGAAGAUGAGGAGCGCGCUCUGACCGGCGACUCCGGCGUGCGCUCUUCCCCAUCCUCGUACGGGCCGAUCAUGAGGUCAUUCAAACAUCCAAUGCUGUUCUGGUCUCUGUUCGGUACCGCCUUGACCAUGGCUGAUGGUAUCCUCACACCCGCUGUGUCUGUGACGUCGGCUGUCGGUGGAAUUGCUGUUGCAAAGCAGUCGGUUUCGAACGACAUUAUUCCUAUUUCCAUCGCGUUCUUGGCUGCCCUCUUCCUGAUUCAACGCUUCGGUACAGCCAAGAUUUCUUUCAUCUUCUCCCCUCUCACUGUGAUUUGGCUUGUCCUGAUUGGGGGUUCUGGGAUUUCCAACAUCACUCAUUACCCUGGCAUCUGGCGUGCAUAUGACCCUUCGCGCGCUGUAUUGUGGUUCGUCCGUACUGGUAACUACGACUAUCUUGCCGGCGUUCUGCUUGCGGUGACAGGCUGUGAGGCCAUGUUCGCCAACCUUGGCCAGUUCAACCGGGCCUCUAUCCGACUGUCCUUUACCAGUGUAACAUAUCCUUGCUUGGUUCUCGCUUAUCUCGGUCAGGGCGCUCGUCUCAUCACUGAUGGCGAGAAUGCCAUCCAAAAUGUAUUCUACAACACGAUUCCCGGUCCGGUCAACGGCGGCCUUUGGUGGUUCACCUACUGCUUUGCCAUCUUCGCUACCCUCAUUGCCAGCCAAACUAUGAUCACUGCGAUGUUCAGCCUUGUACAACAGCUUAUCAACUUCCACAGCUUUCCCCCUUUGCGCAUGUUGUACACUUCCGAUGUUGUUCAGGGUCAAAUUUAUAUUCCGACUGUGAACUGGACUCUUGGCGCCGCCACCAUUAUCCUCGUCGGUGCAUUCCAGAACCUUACCAAUAUGACCAACGCAUACGGAUUUGCGGUGUCGACUGUCAUGAUCGUCACAUCUUCUUUGAUCGCCGUCCAAAUACCUAUGGUCAAGCGCCUUCCUUGGAUUCUAGGUGUCAUCUUCUUGCUGUUCUUCGGCUUCUUCGACGGUUUGUUCUGGGGUGCUUCCCUCCGCAAGAUCCCCCUUGGCGCUUACGUUCCUCUCGCCAUCGGUGUCGUUCUGUGGUCUGUUAUGAUUUUUUGGACCUGGGCCAAGGGUCUAGAGGACCAAUUCGAUGGCGUCAAUCGUCACAAUCUUCGUCACUUUAUCGUCAAUGCUGCUCACUUACCCCAUGGUAACGCUGGUGGUAAGGAUGACAAGCUGGGCAAAAGCACGGCCGUCAAUUGCACCUCUACCACAGCCACGCUAAUCCAGGGCAGCCACGCUGAGGAAGUGGAGCCUUCGACCGAGGAUGACGUGUACUCUAAGGAUGGUGGUGAGGGCAAACCCGACGCGCUCUAUUUGGUCAGCGAGGACAAGACGUAUGUCCGGGAACUCAGCCGCGUCCCCAUCAUGGCCGUCUUCCAUAAGCUCGCUGGCGGAAAAGGUGUGCCCCACACCUUCUACGCCUUCCUGAAACAGUGGCCUGCUCUUCCUCGUGUUGUUGUCUUCCUGAGUAUCAAGGUUCUGCCUAUUGGGCACCUCCCUGUGGAUGAAGAGCGUUAUGUGAUUACUAAAGUUAGGUCGCUCAAGGGCUUCUACGGUGUAACCUAUCAGAUCGGAUUCAGGGAGGAUUUCAACGUCAAAGUUGACGAAAUCGUUGCCGGUCUCUGUGCUGUCGAGGCUCGUUAUGCUCAAGACGACGAGGAAGGGGAACGUGUCGUGCGGGAAAUUCGCACCGCCGCAGAGACUAGCAUUACUCACAUCAUGCCGAACUACUGGGUCUUCAGCAAGAAAAUCAACGCUGGGUUCAUCACUCCUGUGAUUCGUUAUAUCAGGGCCUUCCUGAUCGAGGGUCUGUACCGUCAAGUUGCCCAGACUUUCCCUGACAGUGUCCUGUGGCGGGGCCAUCAAGAGGAGAUUAUCCGCGUUGGUAUUAACGCUGAAAUCUAA